CUGUUCGGGUUUCGGGUAUCCACGGUUAUCCAUGGGUAAUGAUUUCUCUUCAUAACUACAACUAAUAUGUUAACAUUCACACAUGUUCUCACAUUACGCAAGAGGAAAAGUAUGACAACAAUUCACUAGAAUGAAGAAAAUUAAUUAAAACAACACAAUUUCAUGAAAAUAUUAUAUUUAUAUGCUAAAUAUAAAAUAUGUUAGAGAAAAAUAAUGACUAUUUCUAGACAAAAUACAUAUGUAUGUGUAUAAUCGGGCGGGUUCGGGUUGGAUACUGAGAAACUCAUGCCCACCCAUUACCCGCAAUAUUCGGGUUCGAGUUUUACCCGUACCCACUAAAUAUCCUUCAGGUCCGGAUUUUACCCUACCCAAUUAGACCGGAUUCGAGUGGAUAUUCACGGUUACGGAUAUUUUUGCCAUCCCUACUCCCAACUCGUAAGCGGCGACGAGCGAGACAGCGCGGCGGGAUUGUUUUGGAGUUUGGACGGUAUUUCCUGUAAUCUGAUAGCGGCGGCCAGUUGGCCUCAUCCAUUUCCUUCUCUAGCUUCUGAUGAAUAUUUGCAACUCACGACUUAGAGAUUUCUUUCAAAGGUAUAAAGCUCGCAUUACUGUUCACUCAUACAGUCCUUGGUUAUGGAGCGUCCUCUGAGUUUCUCAGAAUAUAACUACUUAGACUGGCUUUGCUGUUGAUGCGUAUUCUUUCUCUGUCUCGAACAUGUCUACGGAGACCUUGUUGGCUUGAAUCGGCUUAAUUCCCGUCUCCUCUACACUACUGGCGUCGGAUGAACACCAGGUGUUCGACGUUUUGCCCGUUACUGAGAACAACACUGCCGUUGUAGAGAAAUCAUUUGUAUCCUGCAAGGAGGUUAGUGAUCAAGAGACGUGUAAGUUGUUUCCGUUUGUUGCUAUGGCUGUGAAAGACUUUGAAUUUGGGGGCGGUGAGGAAAGGCAAGUUUGUUCAGGCAGUGAGGUUCCAUGGUUAUGCCCAUUCAAUUCGUGCGUUUAAAAUGGUUAUGGAGGUGUUUGCAGUUGCGGGGCUAGAGAACAACGUUCAAUUCUUGCUUAGAGAUAUUGUUUCAUAUUAUCGGCGGGUUGAUUUGGAUGUUUUGGGGCUGUCUCAGAGUCUGUUAGGAUCCCCUGAGCUUGCUGGAGUAUUAUCUUCCUUGUGGAGUGUACUAAUAAAAUUUAUGGCCGAGAAGAAGUUGAUGGAAAAUGCAGUUAGUGUGUCAGUGCAGGCUAAGGAAAAUAAGGUUGAACCUCACAAGAGAGAUGAACUUUUUGUCGAUGUAUUUGAUCAGUUGAGGAAUUCUGGUCCUUGGCCUAACGUUCAUACCUACACCAUUCUUCUGAACUUCUACCGUAUCAGUGAGGUAGACCUUGUUCAUGCUCUGAUGGAGGUACUGGACGAAAUGCAGAAAUUUGGGCUUACACCCACAGCUGUAACUCACAUGGAUGAAGCACUGAAGCUCUUGGAAGAAAUGAGGUCAGCCGGGAUAUCAUCAGACAUAUAUAGCUACAGCAUCUUGAUUCAUGGGGUUCUGCCAGAAGGUUGAUUUCGAAAAGUGUGACGAUUUGUGGAAAGAAAUGGCAUAUUGGAAUAUCCAUCCGAACAUCGUUAUGCGUAGUUCGCGCGUUUCAGGUGUGUGUAAAAUUUGAAUGGUGUACCUCUGAGCAUAAAGCCAAAGUCUUGAGCUUAGUUUAGGUUAGAUGAUUUAUCUAUCUACAGUUUCAUUUAUCCUCUUCUCGAUUACUUUAACAUUUGCCAGAUGGUUUAUUUUUUCCCCUUCCCAUUUUCAUUCUCAUCCCUCUAGCUCAACAUAAUCUUUUGCAGGGGUUGCUGUGGAUAUGUAUUUCUUCCGGAACUCUAUCCUACUAUGUGAAGGCAUUGGUAGAUCCGCACAUAGCACAGUCGUGGCUGGUAAGAAUAGGGUUAGCUACGGGGUGACACUUUAUAGUUUCUAGCUGAUGUCAUUUGAAUGUUUGAAAAGCUCACAGGUACUUGUGCUAGGCCUGUUAAUGUGGCUUUAAUGGUGGUCCUGGACUUAUAUGAGUAAUGUGAAUGGAUGCAUAGGUGUUUGGUAGUCCAUUAUGUUAGUGUUAUGAUCCACGAUUGAACCUCUCCCAACAACUCGAGUUAUUGAGAUCAACUGGUUCUUGACAUGAUAUCAGAGCCUUCUGUGACCGAGAGGUCUUGUGUUCGAGAUUCCCGGUGACCCCCAUUUGUUAAGCACAUGGUAUUCUUGUCUUCAGACCUGUGCAAAUUUCAAGCCCUUGUGAGUGGCUUUCGUUUGAGGGGGCGUGUUAGUGUUAUGAUCCACGAUUGAACCUCUCCCAACAACUCGAGUUAUUGGGAUCAA